CUUCUUUUUGCAGAUUCGGCAUCAGCUGGCAUUUUUUCGUCUGCUUCAAAAGGAAUGAAAUUGAAAUUUAUUAUAAUCAAUAAUACUUUUAAUUUAUUAUUAUAAUUACUUGCUUGUACAUUUUAAUUUAUAUUGCAAUAUUUAUUUCACGGUGAAAAUAUUUUAUUUCUUUAUAGGGUUACGUGUGUAGGCUGUCCGUUAAUUCCUUAUUCUUUAGUUGACUUUUAAAGAUAGUUUGAAAAACAAUUCAAGUUACAUAAUUUCUAAUUAAGAUAAAAAAUUCAAAAUGAUAAGAACAUCGUUAUUAAAAACUUCUCUUAAUGAUUUGGUGCGUACAUUGGUUCCAAAGCUAUAUUCCACAAUGGAGUGUGAAAAUUUUGUUCAGCUUGGGAAGAAGAUAGUAGCUGCAGCCCAAAACUAUAAAUCGUUAAUAAGAGAAAGGAAUUUGGAAACUCCAACCUUUCCGGUGAUGUUUCUGAAACCUACUAGUUCCUAUAUAGUGGAAGGUCAAACAAUUGAGGUUCCAAAAGACUUCGACGUUUAUGAAGAAGUGGAGCUGGGAGUGAUUAUAGGAAAGAAAGGAAAAAAUAUAAAACCAAGUGAAGUGAUGGAUCACAUUGCUGGCUAUUGUUUAGCUCUAGAUUUAACCGCUGUUGACGAUAUGAAAAAUUCGAGAGCCAAGGGACUACCAUGGACAUUUGGGAAAGGUUUCGACACAGCUUGCCCAGUCAGCAAAUUCAUCCCUAAAAGUGAUCUAAAAGACCCCACCUCGUUGAAAAUAUGGUGUAAAGUGAAUGACAAGCUACUACAAGACUGUCUCUUAUCGGAUAUGGUGUUUACCAUGGAGCAAAUGAUAUCGUACACUUCGCGAUACAUGACUUUGGAGCCCAACGAUCUGAUACUGACUGGAUCACCCGGUAAUAACGGACCUAUCAGACCUGGGGAUGUCGUGGAGGCUGGUUUAGGAGAUAUUAUGACAAUUAAAUUUCCCGUGAAAAGUAUGGAGAAUUGAACUUUCAUGUGCCCGACACAGCCGAUUUAGACUUAGAUUAUGUGUACUCAAAUACAUAGAGUUUGAAAAGUCACUGUGCACCAAGUAUUUCAUUUCUAUAAAUAUAGUGCACAGUGACUUUCCGAACUUUCUGUAUAUCGCACCUCGGGAGGAAGAUCGUUCCAACUUAAAAAAAUCGUUUAUUCAGGAGAGCAGUUUUAAAGUUUUCAUAGGUAUUCAAACUUGAUUUUUUGCUCUUAUAACUCAAUUUCUCUGAUUCCAACUUUUUUAGUUCAUUUAUUACUUCUUAAAAGUGGCCUGUAUCUAUGUUUCUAUUCAUAAUAUGGAUGAAUUGGAAUGGAAGCCUGUUCUAAUCGAAAUGGCACAGUCUUACUGUAAAUGAUUGCAUCGGUUGUAAAAAUGGGAAUACUGAACAUUCCGUGAUUUAUAGAAUAAUUGGAACAGUCUUCCAUCGAAUAAAUUGCAUGGAAACCAACUAAAAUACACCCUUGGCUCAAAAUUGACAAUUUUCGAGUUGUAACAGUCUUCCUCCCAAGGUGCGAUAUUUUAAUUUGUCAAGUAUAUUAUUCAUCAAUUAAUAUAUUUAUUAUUUUAUAAAGUAUAUUUUAUUGUUUGUUAAUUAUACUUAUUGUUGAA